AUGGAACCUCUCACGAACCCGGCCAACGAGGCGAUAAUGCGCCGCCUCCUCGAGACCGUCUCGAAGCUGCGCAGCAUGGUACAAGAGCGGGAUCAGAGCUACGACGAGUUCACCGCGGUGUACGACGCGCUGGAGGCACUGCUCCCUGUGCGGCUGCCGGAGCUGUAUCGCGUCUGUGACGUCUUGACGAGACUGGUGCCGGAGCUGCAGUGGCAGAUUGUGGCGGCGGGGAUACCGGCGACCAGGGAGGAUUUGGACGCUGCUGCGAGGAGAGCCUGGAAUGUUGUCGAGGAGAUGGGCUUUUUGAAGGGGUGA